CGUAUGCCGCUCGGGCGGCUAUACUUGUACUGCUGAUGUUCGCCGGUCCACUCGUGGAACCUUGUGUAAAGAAAUCAACGCCCCGGAAGUGGCUAACCCACAGCCGUGUUUGUUAGCUACUUACAGCUAAACGUCAACUAUUACAAUGUCUCAUUGACAGGUCGUCAUUAUGGCAGAUGUUUUUUUAAUGGAGGUGUGUGUGGACUCCGUGGAGUCUGCUGUCAAUGCGGAGCGAGGAGGUGCGGGUCGGCUGGAGUUGUGUUGUAGCCUUUUGGAAGGAGGACUCACUCCCAGUGUUGGCCUGCUGCAGGUUGUAAAAGAGUAUGUGAAAAUCCCAGUUUAUGUGAUGAUCCGGCCUCGUGGCGGAGAUUUCCUUUACUCCGACCAGGAAGUGGAAGUGAUGAGGAAAGACAUGGAGGUGAUGAAGAACCAUGGAGCAGAUGGAUUUGUGCUGGGAGUCCUGACGGAGGAUGGGAGGGUGGAUGCAGAGCUGUGCAUGGAGUUUCUAGCUGCUGCUCGCCCUUUACCUGUGACCUUCCAUCGAGCUUUUGACAUGGUCCAUGAUGCAGCGGUUGCCCUGGAAACGCUAGUGUCAUUAGGUUUCCAGCGUGUGUUGACAAGUGGCUGUGAUAACUCUGCUCUAGAGGGACUCCCACUCAUUAAACGCCUUGUGGAUCAGGCUAAAGGCAGAAUUAUCAUCAUGCCAGGUGGUGGGAUCACGGAGAGGAACCUUCAAAGAAUUUUAGAAGGCUCGGGAGCUCAAGAGUUUCACUGCUCUGCCCGCUCCAGCAGGGAUUCUGCCAUGAAAUUCAGGAACAAUAGUGUGACAAUGGGAGCUUCUCUGUCAGCGUCUGAGUACAGCCUGAAGGUGGCAGAUAAAAAAAAGUUUUGAAAGCUUUGGGACUCCAGCAAACUACAGCCAGAGCCAUUAUCCAUGAAUGGCGAAAACAUGGAACUGUUGUGAAUCUUCCCAGGAGUGGCCGGCCAGCCAAAAUUAUCCGAAGAACGCAGUGACAACUCAUCCAAGAGGUCACAAAAGACCCCGCAACAACAUCUUUACUG